AUGUGUCGCUUGGUCAAGACGCCGCAAACAGCGAUCGGCUCGCCUGUUCCUGCGCGACGGCUCUCUCUGCCGCAAUCGCAGCCGCGAUCCAAGUCGCAGCCAGUCAAAGUGCCUGGCGACGUGGCUGUGGCGGGCGGGCCCGCCAAGGCUUCGCACUAUGCGGCAGACGAUACAUCGUCGCCGGCAUCGACAUCCAAAACACGCAUCCGCAUCAAGCUGUCGUCCAUCCUGCUGCGACUGAACGACGACGGUGCACUUCUUUCGACACUUACCUUCUCAACAGCCGAUAUCGCCCUUUUGCUGCGUGCGAAUACAAUGCGAGUCGCAGCUCGCGUCGGGUCGCUGUCUCUCCUUGAUGAACGACAGCGGGAGCGGGCCGAUCCAUCGUUCGCCAAGCUCUUGUCGAUCGAAGGCAACGAACUGGUAGACUUUGCGCUCGAGACCUUCUGUCCACACGAUGCACAAUACCCCGGCUACGACACGUCUAUCUGGCUGCGGUGCAACACGCUGAAACUGAUCUUUGUGCCAGAACCGUACGCGGAUCUACUUGCAUACUUUGCCAAGUUUGCGAAGAUGAAGGCCGUGUACGAUGCAGCCAAGGAUGCCGCGUCGGCACAAGCAUCGCAGCUACAGGCGAGUCAUAGCCUCACACGGUACGAUGUGUUGGUCAAGACACCGAUCGUCGUGAUGCCACAUGACCUGCGCACGAACGACCAGAUGACAGGCUACCUGGGCGAGCUGUAUGUGCACAACACCUUUGCGGCGAAAGACGAUACGACAGAGUCUGUGCUUCACGCGGGUCUGCGGCAGAUCCGGCUGAUGACAUGCAUGGAAACCGAGGAGUAUGACGGCGUGCAUGAGCUCACAUUGCUCGAAGAUGUUGACAUUGCCUUCAAGAUCACCGAGCGUGCGCCGAUGGCGCGAGGUGCUGCGGCCCAAGCACCCACAGCACCAGCCAAGCCGUCGCAGGACACGCUGGAGCUCUCGGCGCAAAUGACCGAUAUCAACGUGAAGCUGACGCAACGACAGUAUAUUCUGGCAUUCGCCCUUGUGCGCAGCCUGUCGGCGCUGUCGAUGCCCGACGACACAGACGUACUGCCGACGGACAUUGUGCCCGAGGAAGAUGCUGCUCGAGCCCUUGAGACGGUCGAAGCUCAGACGCCCGCGGAGGCAGGACCCCUCCGCAAGUUGGUGGGCCAGUUUUCGCUCAACAAGGUGCGGCUCGACCUGUAUGACGAGACGGCCAUCCACGUGGACUCGCUGGAACAGGCGAGCUUGUUCUGCUUUACGAUCGAAGACACCGUGCUCAAGAUGCACCAGCACCCAGAGACGGGCAUGGAGGUUGAAGUGGAUGUGCGCACGUUCUCUGUCACCGAUACGCGCAAAUCGCGCGAUACACACUUCCGCGAAAUCUUCCCAGCCAUCUCGACCAAAGACAUGCAGCAGUUUAUGCUCAACUACACAGUGUCGCCGCCCCCAGAGUGCCAUGCACUUGUCGUCGUCACCGUCGACAGUCCGAAGCUGAUUUUCUCGUUAGAUCCACUCUUUGCGCUCGUCGCGUUUGUGUCAUCGGGACUUGACGAUGAGCCAGAGAGCACCGACUCCAAGCCGAAAGCCGCUAUGGCCGGCAGCACUGUGAAGAGUGUGCGGCGAGGCCUACCGGCCACGGCCGCGUCCAUGCGUGCGACGCGGGCGCCACACGCGAUUAACAUGGACACCAUGCCGCAGGCGCCAUCGACAUCGACCUCAACAGCCACCGCGAACACCACGGCAGCCGCUGCUUCAUCGUCGGCGUCCGCAGCACCUGGGACGUCGUUCCGCGUAAAUGUGGUGGAGCCGCGCAUCAUCUUGUUAUCGUCACCGACACGCCCCGACUCGGAGGCCAUUGUGCUCCAGAUGCGCCAGGUCGUCUUGUCGCAGCAAACGAUCCUGGCGCUCUCGCUGACGCAGCUGGGCAUGUUUGUGUGGCGGAUGAAUUCGCCGAAUGACCGGCAGCGCCUGCUGAGCAACCUCGAUGUGUCGUUGUCGAUGGACUCACGCAUGACGCCAUCGGGCAAGAUUACCAGCGUCGAGAUCGACAUGGGUCGCCUAUAUGUGCGACUCACACGCUCGGACAUUGAGUUGCUCGUGAGCGUCGUUAGCAAUGCCAUGGCCCUGUCCAAGCCCGAUACGGACGUCGACAGCACCUCGUUGACCUCAACGAAAGCGGCCGCGGCCAAGCCGGCGCCCAAGCGGACGGAACCGGCUCGGAAAGGACCCACGCCGUCCGUACUGAACAAGCUGGCCGAUGCGUUUGAGGACGACGGCCAAGUGCUGUUCUCGCGAGAGGAGCUCACAGUGCGAGGCGCAGGCCUGCAGUGCAUUCUUAUCAGCGAGCUGCACAUGCUGCCGGUGCUGGAUCUCGACGUGAGUCCAUUCAAGCUCCUGCUGAACGACUGGUCCGCUGACAUGCGCAUGAGCACGGAGCUGGACUUGGGCUUGAACAACUUCAACCUCGCCACAUCCAACUGGGAGCCGCUCGUGGAGCCGUGGACUGUGUCGCUUCGGUACGAGAGGAACCUCGCACCAGAAAGCAGCACGUUCACGAUCUCGUCCGGGAAGCGGCUGGAAGUCAACAUCGCGGCGCAGCUCAUCGAUACGACGACCAACAUGUUCAUGUACCUGGACCAAGACAACCGCUUGAAAGAAGAAGCCCGUCACAUGGCUCCCUUCCGUAUCCGCAACCGUACAGGCUAUCGGCUGACGAUCUGGUCCGAGACGCCGUACGGAUCCACGACAUCGUCGGCAUCGUCGUCGUCCGGCACGGCACGCAAUGCGCCCCAUCACUUGGAUGACGGUCACGACAUGCCUUGGACAUUCAGCGACUGGCGCACGAUCCGCGAACAGACGACCGAGGCCACCUACAACCGCCUCGCCGUGCACGUAGACGACAUGCCCUGGGAGCGUGUGCGGCACAUUGCCGUCGACCGAGAGGGCGAAUACGUCAUGACGCUGCGACCCAAGCUGAACCGGGUCAGCCACCGCCUCCUGUGUGAGGUCAAGUUGGUGAACAACAUCAAGGUCAUCACAUUCCAGUCCACGUUCCGCAUCGACAACCGCGCGCUCAUUCCCUUCGAGGUGGGCUUGCUUGACGAGCAAGGGCAGGUCACGUCAUCCAUCCUGCGCAUCGAGCCGGAGACAUACUCCGCGCUGCCGAUCUGCGACGCGUACGACCGGCGCAUCAAGGUGCGGCCGGAUCCAGGCCUCGGCUACGCAUGGUCGAACGAGUCCGUCGGCUGGCAAGAUCUGCUUGCCACAGCGUCACAUACGUUCGUCUGCCCGGCGCUCGAUGAACGCGAGGCGCCCUUCCAGUUCCAGGCAUUCGCGAUCCAUGACGCGCAAACCAUGUCGCGUCGAAACUAUCCGCGAGUGACACUCGCUAUUCGCGCGCCCGUCGAGAUUGAAAACGUCCUGCCGUACGACAUCCACUACCGCCUGUUCGACAAGAACCUGAACCUGAACUGGUCGGGCUUCCUUCGCAGAGGCGGCGUCUCACCCGUGCAUGUCGUGGCAUUGCAGCACUUGCUCCUCCUGAGUGUCGAGCUGGAGGACUCCGUCUACUCGCCCAGUGAGUUUGCGAUCAUUGCGUCCGACAAUCCAGACGACUUCCAGGUCGAGAGCACCCUCUCACUCGCGGACGAGUCGAACCUGAAGCUCGAGCUCCGCCUUCACUACCACACCUACCCCGACUCUGGCGGGGCCUUCAAGGUCCAGAUUUAUGCGCCAUACAUCUUCCUGAACUUGAGCCAGCUGCCCGUCACGAUCAAGUCGCGUCCGUGGGCUGGCCACUCCAAGAUAGUUGCCGGCCAAGACUUGCAUGAAAAGGACUACGAUGCGUCAGAGCACAGCAAGCCCUUCCUUCUCUCACGCCUGCGCGAGAGCAACAACCGCUUCAUGCUUCGCACGACCGACUCCAGCUGGUCCAAGCCACUCUCGUUCGACGUGAUCGGCUCAGAGGUCGGCGUCGCGAUCCCCUCUGUAAAUGGCGACCUCGAGCUGCAGCUCGGUCUCGACAUCGAGGACGGUCUCGCCAAGUUCAAGCUCAGCAAGGUCGUUAAGCUCGCGCCACGCUACCUCAUCCACAACCUGCUGCCGUUCGCCGUGCGCCUCGCCGAGUCCCAGGGCGGCGAUCCGAUCUUGAUCGACGCCGGUGAUCGUGUACCGCUCCAUUGGCUGCACGUGGCAUCCAAUAAGCAUGCCACCAUUGCCUACCAUGACGCGGCAUCCGAAUGGACAGCGCCCUUCAGCAUCGACAACAUCGGCUUCGUGUACCUGCGUCUAAUCCAGCACAACGAGCCACAGCAACUCGUCCAAGUGGAUGUGCAGGUCCAUGGUCCGACGGUGUUUGUGCGCUUGAUGCCCAGCUCCGGUGCGUGGCCAUUCCUCUUGCGCAACGAGACGCAACACACGGUCGUGUUCAUGCAGACCGCCUCGCCAACAGAGUCGCAACGCAGCACACGCGAUACUAAUCCCAAACGGUACGUACUCAAGCCUCGCAGCAAGAUGAAGUAUGCUUGGGACUACCCGGCCGAUCCCGACAAGUACAUCCGCCUCCAGAUCAAUGGCAGCGAGCGCGUCAUCAACAUCCUGGAGAUCGGCUCGCUUCUCCCGUUCAAGUUUGCGGCUCGCGACAACCUGUCCGCGGGCGUCGUCUCUCUCGAUGUGCGCGCUGACGAAACGACCCAGACUCUUGUCAUCUCCGACUACACCGAGUCCAAGAGCAACUUUAAACUGCUGCGCGAUGCCGGUGCUGCCCCCGGUGUCGGCACCGUCGCCGCUGCGAAUGCCGGCCACGGCAUCCCUGGCGGCGACAUUCGCUUCAAGGCCGUCGACAUCGAUACAUCCAUUCUCUUCGCCUUCAACAUCGAGCUCACCGGCUUGGGCAUAUCGCUGAUCUCGAGCAAUGUGCGCGAAAUUGCCUACAUGACCUUCCGUGGUCUUGAGCUGAGCUACUCAGAGUCCCAGGUGACGACCGCCGUCAACGUCAUCUGCAAGUGGAUUCAGAUCGAUAAUCAGACACUCCACGGCAUCUUCCCAAUUGUACUGUAUCCACACUGUCGUGCCGAAAGACGGCAAAGAACUCGACGUGCACCCAACGCUCCAGGCGUCGGUGAUCCGUAA